AUGGGCAAGAUUUUAUCACAGUCAGUUAUCACGGGCUCAGACAAACCAGGAAGAACAAAGCAGAUCCAGCCAGGUAAUCGUGAGUGGGUUACGCUGAUACAGGGCGUUGGCGCAACAGGCAAGCGUAUCCCAGCGUUUCUCAUCUUCGCAGGCAAGGUUCUGAUCUCUACCUGGUUCACGGAGGAUCUGCCACGCGACUGGGUAAUACAAGUUAGUCCUACUGGCUGGACGAACAACGAUCUAGCGCUUGACUGGCUUCGUCACUUCGAUUCCCAUGCGCGGCCUGUAGGGACGCAUAGGCUGCUCAUUAUUGACGGCCAUGAGAGCCACUGCUCGGUGGAUUUCCGAGAUCUCUGCGAAGAGAUGAAGAUAAUCCUCCUCUGUAUGCCUCCCCACUCGUCGCACCUCUUACAGCCUCUUGAUGUGGGCUGCUUCUCGCCGUUGAAGCGCGCG